AUGGUCCAAGAAGGUUUCAAGUACUACGUCGUACCUCUAGACCUAGAAGAGGCCGGCCUGGGGUUCAACCUGUUCUCUAUCCAGAACGGUUGUCCCAAGACUGUCUUCCUAGCUGAGCCUUACUAUUGGAGCUGCCUAAUAGCCUUCCAUCCUGUGAAUCCCGACAAAGCUGGUGUGAUUCGGGAAUGGACUGACUUAAACAUUGAAAUAUUUUUCGACAAAUACACAGCUCCUUGUCCGGAACCAAAUUUCUGGAAAAUCGAGGGCGAUCCGUCGAGGUACGAUGUUAAUAUUACCACGGGCGGAGAAAACGGGAAUCUGAGCAGCUGGUUCAAGAUCGUUAAAACCCAGAAUGGCUACAAAUUCAUGUAUUGUCCGUCUGUUGUCUGCGAUCACUGUCGGGUUGUUUGCAAAGAUUUUGGCAUUUCGGAAACGGACCAGAGUCGUUUGGUUCUCAGCGAUACCCCAUUUGAGUUCACGUUUAGGAGGCCAGAGACAUUGGUGAAUAAUGAUGUUGCCACACCAGUGGCUGCGCUCCAGGACAUUGCAUCAUGUAAUUCUGAUUUUACAAAUCAAACAAUAAGUUGA